AUGUCGCAGUCAAUAGGCAACACCGCUCUCGCCUAUGCCCGGGCUUGGCACCAUGUUGACGCUUCCGAACGCGUUCUCGGAAAGCUUGCGGAACGGAUAGCUAUUGUUCUUAUGGGCAAGCAUAAACCAAUAUAUGACAAAAGCUGCACCUCAAAGGUUUUUACAGUGGAUUGUGGUGACUAUGUUGUCGUGACGAACGUGAAGGACAUCCAAGUCACGGGUCGGAAGGACGAAGAAAUCGUUUACCGAAGACAUACACGGUUUCCUGGUGGGCUGAAAGAGAGGCCGUAUAAGGAGGUGAUGGAGACGAAACCGUCUGACGUUCUCUACCACGCUGUCUCUGGCAUGUUGCCCAAGAACAGGUUGAAGGACCGCAGACUUGCCCGGUUGAAGGUCUUCGGAGGAUCAAACCCUGGCAUUUACAAGGCCAACAUCAUGAAGCGCUGGGAAGACGGCACCUUGACCGAAGAUUAUAUAAAGAGGCUCGAUCCUAAGAACAGACCCCAGCAACCCGAGCAGCCUCAGCAGUAG